GAAGCAGAAGAAGACCACCAAAGUAAACUAGAUUCAUUCCCCACAACGUUACCACCACAAAUCAGGUAUGGCUCAGAGUCAGAGGGAGCAGGUCAAGCCCUUAGCUCCAUUCAUACCAUCCUCUCACUUCAGCAUCCAAGAACAUCAACAAAACAUUAACUCCGAGCAUCAAAUCAUUCGCAUAAGAAAGUUCGUACGGUGCUGUGGAUGUGUCACUGCCCUUGUUUUAAUAUUUGUAGUCAUAAUAAUAGUCCUUGCCUUCACCGUCUACAAUGUCCAAGAUCCCGAGGUGAGAAUGAACGGGGUUACCCUUCUCAACGGAACUCUCGCAAACGGUGCUACCAAUAACAUUACACUUGUUGCUGAUGUCUCUGUGAAGAAUAAAAACGCCUUCACGUUCAGGUUUGGAAACACCACCACAUCUGUUUACUAUGAUGGAACAGGAAUAGGUGAGGGUACAACACCACCGGGUAAGGCAAAGGCAAGAAGGACGAUGAGGUUCAACGUGACGAUGGAGAUUAUGGCGAAGAAGCUUUUGGCUAACCCAAGCUUGAAGAGCGACCUGAUCAUCGAUCAAGCUUUGAAUAUAAGCAGCUAUACUAUGAUAGAUGGUAAGGUCAAAAUACUUAAUAUGUUUAAGAGGAAGGUUGUGGUUGAGUUGAAUUGCACAAUUCAAUACAACAUCACCACUGGUUUAGUCACACAUGGUGACAAUUGCCUAGGAAUCGUUGACAUUUAGGUUUCAUCUAAUUAAGGAUUCAUUUCUUGCAAUAUUCCUUGUGAAACCUGAUAGUAUAGUUUUGUAUCGUAGAGCAAAUCUCUACACCCCAAAAAAAAACACACACACACACACAACAAUAGUGAAUAUAUUAGAGUUUGUUUCAUAAAAACUCAAUGGAAAUGUUUCACCUACACUGAACAAUUCGCUCUUUGAUUAUAUUUGGUCAUGGAUGAUUUAAAUUUUAUGUUAGCAACAUUUGUUAACUAAGAUUUUACUCAGCGUUAAUCAGUUAAAAAUUCU